CACAGGCGCUUGGGGGAAGAACAUUCUUCUGCAGCCUCUAAGUCUUCUGCUUCAUCAGCAUUCCUGUCGCCGAUGGCGUUGCCAUGUCGCAGAAACGUCCAAAUGACGAUUCAGAGCAUAGUUCCGGCCCGCAACCGCAGGCUUCGCGCACCGCCAGGGCCCGCGCAUGUGCUGAAUGCAAAAGACACAAGAUCAAAUGCGAGCCGGUGACGGGCGAGCAAAAGUGCUCCAAGUGUCUUCGCGGUGGUCUCGAAUGCGUUCCUCACAACCCAAUCCAAAGGCUGCAGGAUGAAGAUGCGUUAUGGAAAGCCAAUGCUGCGACGGAGAUGGCCGAAUUGCGCUCUGCUGUGCAGCUUCUCCUCCGGCACAACCAACUCCCAGACCUCUCUACGAUGACCCAUAAAUCUCCAGCCACCGCUCCAACCGUUGUCAUCAGUCCUGUUAAUGCGAUAUCCGAGAACGGAACCUGCACUGCUAUGGUCGUUCCACCUAUGGAUAUGACAAGGGAGAACAGUGUCGACCGUGAUCUGGAUGAAGAAUCAGACCUAGUCCCGGCACCGAUGAGGAGCCUCUAUGAUUUGACACGGAUCCGGAACUUACGAAGCAGCAUUCGAUGGAAGCCGAAUACCAAUUCUAUGGACGAAGACUUCAUCUCUCAGGGCAUCAUUUCACUCCUUGAAGCCGAGGAUUUGUUUAGUCGAUACUUGGAGAACAUGCAUCAACUUCUAUGGGCUGGGAUGUUGGUCCCCCAUAAUACUCUAGAGGCUGUUAGGCGCCACUCAACACUACUAGCGGCUGCGGUCCUCACAGUGGCUGCGUUACACACUCCCGGUCGAGACGACGCGCUGCAGAAGUGUUACAACAUCUUCGUUUCUCUCGCGUACAGCGCCUGUUUAUCACGACUCCACAACGUCAACGACGUCAGAGCCCUGUGCCUCGCUGCUUUCCACUUAUCCAACCUAAGUUGGAAACUGUCCGGUCUGGCUGUACGGAAUGCGGUCGAGAUGAAUAUUCACCAGUCGUUCCAAAAACUCAUGCGAGGCCAUGCCGAGCAGCGCGAAAACGUUCGAUUAUGGUACGCCUUAUACGUUUGCGAGCAUCAAUUUAGCAUUGCGUACGGCCGUCCACCCCUUAUCCACGAAGAUGUCGCGAUCAAGAAUAUUGAGCACUUCCUCGACAGCCCCCUUACAACACCCGGAGAGAUUAGACUAUGCGCUCAAGUGGCGUUGUUCAAGAUUCUCACUGAAGCUUACAUCACGUUUGGAAGCGAUCCAGAACAACCCCUCACCGAAGCUGAUUUUCAACAACUGCGCAUGUUCAACUUCGCGAUCGAACAGUGGCGACUGUCGUGGCAACCCAGAUCCGCUGAUAGUGCGGCGAUUGGCUCAUAUCCUUCGAAGGGAGUGGUAUUGUAUUACCAUUUUGCACGCUUUCAACUCAAUUCCCUUGCCUUACGCGCUCUACCACCUCCUAGCGCCGUCUCCUCAGAGUCACUCUCAUAUGAUCGAAGAGAAGCUGCCAACAUCGCGAUCUCCGCUGCCACGAGUACCCUAACUCUUAUCUUCGAGGAGCCGGACCUACGUAGAGCGCUGACCGGAGUGCCGAUCUUCACUCAUACAAUGGUUGCUUUCUGCGCUACCUUUCUCCUGAAGAUGGCUAGAACUUGGGGCGGCGUGGCCCAGGCCGCGUCUCCAGAGUGGACGACUGAGCCUGUAGGGCUUGGUUUGAACUUCAACAUCGGACAGGUGCUUUCGCUUUCAAGAAGAUCCGUCAAUCUACUGGCCAGAGUCGCGGAAAGCCUCAAUGAGAAGCACUUAACGAGGCAUAUCGUCCAUGGUAUCAGAGAGCUCUUGAAGCACUUCGACAGCUCCGACAGGCCCGCAAGCACGGGGACCGUGACCAUUUAUCCGCCGGACACAAACGAGACGCGGCCUCUGCAUUCAACUAACGCAAUGGAUGGAGCCUCUUCCGUGGAUUUCAUGAACGGCUACAGUAUGUUUGACCUGAUCGGCUCAUAUGGUUUUGGUUUCGAUGAAUCCUUUCUGGGCCAGGCAGCAUCUAGUGAUUUCGAUCUUUGGUCGGCGUAAGGGGCAUCUAUUACAAUUUCGCUCGUAGCUGGGACGGCCCUAUCUCCGGAAAGGAUGACUCGAGCGACUUCGGGAUGAGAUGGUCUAUGUCGCAGGUGUUUAGGAAUUUCGGGUGGACUUGGGAUAGGUCGGUGAUACCUAGCAAUCGCAUUGUCGUCUCCAG